UUGGUGGCAUCUGCACGGUGAUUCAGACCAAAGCCAAAACCACAUUAGACGAAUGGGGGGAGAAUUACUUUCUCCUGGGCCCUUAUUUUGAGCACAACGUGAAGACGCAAGUGGAGCUCUGCGAACCUCCCAAUGCAGCCGUGAAGAAAGCGAUGGAUGUGAUCAAAGCCAAUGGCUACCAGGUCCAUUUUGGGAGAUGGCUGAUUGAAGGAAGCCCCUACGUGGUGCUCUUCGAUAUCGCAUCAGCCGCUUGGAAUCUGGACCGGUGGAAAGGGGAAUUCUGGGAAGCCAGCCAUAUCGGGAUUCCUUACCACGACCGAGAAGCAAACGAUGCCCUCAUCUUUGGAUCCCUCACUGCCUGGUUUUUGAAAGAGGUGCUGUGUUUGGGCCUGGCCUCCUCAUCUCUCUUUCUAACUGCAAGGGUCCACUUGGGAAGCUCAUCGCCUCUAGGGCUCCGGUAGCCUCUGAUGCUGGUGGCCCUGCAAGCACUCAGCCUGCCAUAUACAGGAGGGGAGGGCAGGGGAGAGGAGAGGAGAAGAGAAUGGAACAGAAAAUAUGGAAUAGAAAAUA